CCACCUCUCCUUUUCUUCCUUCGUCUCUCUCUCUCUCUCUCUCUCUCUCUCUCUCUACAUCUGCUGAAUCUCCUUCCCUUCACUCCCACGACACCCGCCCUCUAUGCACUGAAGAUCUCCCUUCCCCUCGAUCUCCUCCAUUCUGCACAGUCUCUCUUCAAAGGUGUUUUACAGGAGAGGCUUUUGUCCUUUGACUGUGUGUUGGAGGCAGAUCCGAAGAUCUCAAAAUCGCAGCAAAGCUGGCGACGACUCUAGCUUGGAGGUUUCCUGCCGCCAAUGGCAGCAGCCUGGCAACUAAUGAUCUGGAGAGAAACGGUGAUGUUAAACCUCAAGAUUCAGAGCCUCCAACUCCACAUUCUCUUAUGAAGAUGGGUUCAAGAGAGCGUAGUAACAUGGAAGAUCCAGAUGGGACAUUGGCAAGUGUUGCCCAAUGCAUUGAGCAGUUGCGUCAGAAUUCCUCAUCUGUACAGGAAAAAGAAUAUUCCUUGAAGCAGUUACUCGAGCUCAUUGAUACACGCGAAAGUGCUUUUAGCGCUGUUGGAUCUCAUUCUCAAGCAGUUCCUGUACUGGUGUCGCUUCUUCGAUCAGGAUCACUUGGGGUGAAACUGCAGGCUGCAACUGUUUUGGGCUCCUUAUGUAAAGAGAAUGAACUGAGGGUGAAAGUAUUGCUAGGGGGAUGCAUUCCUCCACUGCUUGGGCUCCUCAGGUCCAGCUCAGCAGAAGGUCAAAUUGCAGCUGCUAAGACUAUUCAUGCUGUUUCCCAAGAUGGUGCAAAAGAUCACGUCGGAUCAAAAAUAUUUUCAACUGAAGGAGUUGUGCCGGUGCUGUGGGAGCAACUAAAAAAGGGGCUAAAGGCUGGAAACCUGGUUGAUAACUUGUUGACAGGAGCUCUAAGAAACCUUUCCAGCAGCACUGAGGGAUUCUGGUCUGCAACACUACAAGCUGGAGGGGUUGAUAUACUUGUGAAAUUGCUUGAAAGCGGACAUUCAAGCACUCAAGCUAAUGUCUGCUUUCUACUUGCAUGUGUAAUGAUGGAGGAUGCAUCUGUUUGCUCUAAAGUCCUAGCUGCGGAGGCUACCAAACAACUCCUUAAGCUCUUGGGACCCGAUAAUGAAGCUCCUGUCAGAGCAGAAGCUGCUGGUGCGCUUAAGUCUCUUUCUGCCCAGUGCAAAGAAGCAAGGAGAGAGAUAGCUAGUUGUAAUGGGAUUCCUGCUUUGAUAAAUGCAACUAUAGCUCCUUCAAAAGAAUUCAUGCAAGGUGAGUAUGCUCAAGCUUUACAAGAGAAUGCAAUGUGCGCUCUUGCAAAUAUUUCUGGUGGUUUGUCUUAUGUCAUCUCAAGCCUUGGUCAAAGCCUUGAAUCAUGCUCUUCCCCUGCACAAAUUGCCGACACAUUGGGAGCUUUAGCGUCGGCUCUUAUGAUAUAUGAUAGCAAAGCAGAAAUUACCAGAUCAUCGGAUCCUCUGGAUAUUGAGCAAACAUUGGUUAAACAAAUUAAGCCCCGCUUACCGUUUCUUGUUCAGGAACGGACCAUAGAAGCCCUAGCUAGUUUGUAUGGCAAUGCCAUACUAUCUAAUAAACUUGUGAAUUCUGAGGCUAAGCAUCUUUUGGUUGGUUUGAUCACAAUGGCAACCAAUGAAGUACAAGAUGAGCUGACAAGAUCCCUGCUCAUGCUUUGCAACAACGAAGGCAGUCUCUGGCGGGCCCUUCAAGGCCGCGAGGGUAUUCAGCUAUUGAUUUCUCUUCUUGGGCUUUCAUCAGAACAACAACAAGAAUGUGCUGUUGCGUUACUUCGCCUUCUAUCUAAUGAAAAUGAUGAAAGUAAAUGGGCUAUCACAGCCGCCGGUGGCAUACCUCCACUAGUUCAAAUUCUAGAGACGGGGUCCGCAAAAGCAAAGGAAGAUUCGGCUACAAUCCUUGGGAAUCUCUGUAAUCACAGUGAAGAUAUACGUGCAUGCGUGGAAAGUGCUGAUGCUGUUCCUGCUUUAUUAUGGCUACUGAAGAACGGUAGCACAAAUGGUAAAGAAAUUGCUGCAAAGACUUUGAACCAUUUGAUCCACAAAUCAGACACGUCAACUAUCAGCCAACUCAGCGCCUUAUUAACCAGUGACUUACCCGAAUCCAAAGUUUAUGUGUUGGAUGCAUUAAGAAGCAUGCUUUCUGUGGCCCCUCUUAGUGACAUGCUGCGUGAAGGAGGUGCUGCAAAUGAUGCAAUAGAGACAAUGAUAAAAAUUUUAAGCUCUCCUCUAGAAGAGACUCAGGCAAAGUCUGCGGCAGCUCUAGCUGGAAUUUUUGAUCUCAGAAAGGACUUACGUGAAAGUAACAUUGCUGUCAAGACUCUUUUGGCAGUCACAAAGCUUCUAAACGUUGACUCAGACAGUAUCUUAGUGGAAUCCUCGCGUUGCCUUGCAGCAAUAUUUCUGUCAAUCAGGGAGAACAAGGAUGUGGCUGCUGUUGCUAGAGAUGCAUUACCUUUGUUGGUGGUGCUAGCUAACUCUCCAGUUCUGCAAGUGGCGGAGCAAGCAACAUGUGCUUUAGCAAAUCUUCUUCUGGACAGUGAAGUCUCACAGAAAGCCAUUCCUGAAGAAAUUAUUUUUCCCGCUACUAGGGUUGUGCGGGAAGGCACAGUUUCCGGUAAAACCCAUGCAGCAGCAGCAAUUGCGCGGCUACUUUAUUCUCGCCAAAUUGAUUAUUUGCUGACUGAUUGUGUGAAUCGUGCUGGAACUGUUCUUGCAUUAGUUGCCUUUCUGGAGUCUGCUGCUAAUGGAUCAUCUGCCAUGUCAGAGUCAUUAGAUGCCCUUGCUUUUCUUUCAAGGUCAGAAGGAGCUAGUGGGCAUAUCAAACCUUCAUGGGCAGUUCUUGCUGAAUUUCCAAACAGCAUAAUCCCCAUUGUGUCCUGUAUUGCUGAAUCAUCACCCUUGUUGCAGGACAAAGCUAUAGAAAUAUUGUCACAGCUUUGCCAGUCUCAGCCUAUUGUCCUAGGGAAUGCAAUUGCCAGCACCUCUGGAUGUAUUUCAUCAAUUGCUGGAAGGGUUAUCCGUGUCUCAAACAGAAGGGUCAAGAUUGGGGGAACUGCGCUUCUUAUUUGUGCUGCAAAAGUGAAUCACCAGAGAGUUUUGGAGGAUUUGAACCAGUCAAACUCACGUAGCCUUCUUAUUCAAUCUCUUGUUGGAAUGCUUAAUUCCAUGGAGUCUCCUCAUUCUGGAGAGAAGGCGGAUAACGAGUCCAUAAGUAUUUGUGGGAAUGCUGAAGAGGGGAGGAAUGGCGAAGCCGAAACAAGCACAGCUGUUAUUUCUGGUGCGAACAUGGCUGUAUGGCUACUUUCUGUCCUUGCUUGUCAUGACGACAGAAGUAAAGUUGAGAUUAUGGAGGCUGGAGCAGUUGAAGUCCUCACUGAGAGAAUAUCUGAAUCACAAUAUAGUCAGAUUGAUUUUAAAGAAGAUAGUAGCUUAUGGAUUUGCGCAUUACUACUAGCAAUUAUGUUCCAAGAGCGAGAUAUCAUACGAGCACAUGCAACGAUGAAAUCUGUGCCAGUACUUGCAAAUUUGUUGAAGUCAGAGGAGUCAGCAAACAGAUACUUUGCUGCACAAGCUAUGGCCAGUCUAGUAUGUAAUGGAAGCAGGGGGACUCUUCUGUCUGUUGCAAAUUCAGGCGCCGCAGGUGGUCUCAUUUCCUUGCUUGGGUGUGCUGAUGUUGACAUAUCUAAUCUUCUGGAGUUGUCAGAGCAAUUUUCUUUAGUACGUUAUCCGGAACAAGCAGCUCUUGAGAGGUUGUUUAGGGUUGAUGACAUUAGGGUUGGUGCUACUUCUAGAAAAGCAAUCCCUGCCCUUGUCGAUCUACUCAAACCGAUUCCAGAUCGUCCGGGGGCACCUUUUCUAGCACUUGGGCUUCUGACUCAGCUUGCAAAAGACUGUCCCCCAAACAAGAUUCUAAUGGUAGAGUCUGGGGCUCUGGAAGCACUGACUAAGUAUCUUUCGCUUGGGCCACAAGACGCAACAGAGGAAGCUGCUACGGACCUAUUGGGAAUCCUAUUUGGCAGUGCUGAAAUUCGGAGACAUGAAUCUGCAUUUGGUGCUGUCAGUCAACUUGUAGCAGUUUUGUGUUUAGGUGGAAGGGGUGCAAGGUACAGUGCUGCUAAAGCAUUGGAAAACCUAUUUUCCGCUGACCAUAUUAGGAAUGCAGACUCUUCAAGGCAAGCUGUUCAACCAUUGGUGGAAAUUCUAAACACUGGUUUGGAGAAAGAGCAACAUGCUGCUAUCGCUGCCCUAGUUAGGUUACUGAGCGAUAACCCAUCAAGAGCGCUUGCGGUGGCGGAUGUUGAAAUGAAUGCGGUCGAUGUUCUUUGUCGGAUUCUUUCGUCGAAUUGUUCGAUUGAAUUGAAGGGUGAUGCAGCCGAGUUGUGUGGGGUCCUUUUUGGAAACACAAGAAUCAGGUCUACAAUGGCUGCAGCUCGCUGUGUUGAGCCCUUGGUCUCAUUGCUUGUAACAGAGUUUAGUCCAGCUCAGCAUUCGGCUGUCCGUGCGUUGGAUAAACUCUUGGAUGAUGAGCAACUGGCGGAACUAAUUGCUGCGCAUGGUGCCGUUAUUCCUCUUGUUGGCCUUCUCUAUGGUAAAAAUUUCCUGCUUCAUGAGGCUGUUUCCAAAGCUCUUGUGAAGUUGGGCAAAGAUAGGCCUUCUUGUAAGACGGAAAUGGUGAAAUCUGGAGUGAUAGAAAGCGUGCUUGAUAUUCUCCAUGAAGCUCCAGAUUUUCUUUCUGCCGCUUUCGCAGAAUUGCUCCGAAUAUUGACCAAUAACGCUACAAUUGCCAAGGGUCCAUCUUCUGCAAAAGUGGUGGAGCCCCUUUUCCUGUUGCUAACUCGACCAGAGUUUGGACCCGACGGACAGCAUAGCGUUUUACAAGUUCUUGUAAAUAUUUUGGAGCAUCCACAGUGUAGAGCCGACUAUAACUUGACACCUCACCAAGCUAUUGAACCACUUAUUCCUCUAUUAGACUCUCCAUCUGCGUUAGUGCAGCAGUUGGCAGCUGAGCUUCUUUCUCAUAUACUUUUGGAAGAACAUCUUCAAAGGGAUCCAGCGACGCAGCAAGUGAUUGGUCCUCUAAUUCGCUCCCUUGGUUCUGGAGUACACAUUUUGCAGCAAAGAUCCGUAAAGGGUCUUGUGGGUAUUGCACUGACUUGGCCAAACGAAAUCGCAAAAGAAGGCGGGGUCAGUGAGCUUUCCAGGGUGAUAUUGCAAGCAGACCCCUCACUCCCUCACGCCUUGUGGGAAUCAGCUGCUUCUGUUUUAGCCAAUAUUCUGCAAUUUAGUUCUGAAUUUUAUUUGGAAGUACCUGUUGCCGUUUUGGUGAGGUUGCUUCGUUCUGGCUCAGAAAGCACAGUAACUGGUGCACUGAAUGCUCUUCUUGUUUUGGAAAGUGACGAUGGUGCAAGUGCUGAGGCAAUGUCAGAAAGUGGUGCAAUUGAGGCUCUACUUGAACUUCUCAGGCAUCAUCAGUGCGAGGAAACUGCCGCAAGAUUGCUUGAGGUGUUACUGAACAAUGUAAAGAUUAGGGAAUCAAAAGCUUCCAAACCAGCAAUUUUGCCACUAUCACAGUACCUUUUAGAUCCACAAACACAAGGUCAACAGGCAAGGUUACUGGCAACACUUGCGCUUGGUGACAUAUUCCAGAAUGAGACUCUUGCUCGCACUGCAGAUGCUGUUUCAGCUUGCCGGGCCCUAGUGAAUUUGUUGGAGGACCAACCGACCGAAGAAAUGAAAGUGGUGGCAAUUUGUGCCCUGCAAAACCUUGUGAUGUACAGUAAAUCAAAUAAAAGAGCAGUUGCAGAAGCUGGUGGUGUUCAGGUUGUACUCGAUCUGAUUGGUUCGAGUGAUCCAGAUACUUCAGUUCAGGCUGCCAUGUUUAUUAAGCUUAUCUUCUCGAACAAUACUAUUCAAGAGUAUGCUUCCAGUGAAACAGUCAGAGCUAUUACUGCUGCCCUAGAGAAGGACUUAUGGGCCACUGGAACUGUGAAUGAAGAGUAUCUGAAAGCUUUGAAUGCACUCUUCAGCAACUUCCCACGCCUUAGAGCCACUGAGCCUGCCACACUAAGUAUUCCCCAUCUGAUCACAUCCCUCAAAACUGGCUCAGAGGCCACUCAAGAAGCUGCCUUGGACUCACUUUUUCUUCUCAGGCAAGCUUGGUCUGCAUGCCCUGCUGAAGUCUCAAGGGCGCAAUCAAUUGCUGCUGCUGAUGGAAUUCUUGUGCUGCAGUAUUUAAUCCAGUCGGGCCCACCUCGUUUUCAGGAGAAGGCAGAAUAUCUUUUGCAGUGUUUACCCGGGACAUUGGUGGUAAUAAUUAAGCGUGGCAACAAUAUGAAGCAGUCCGUUGGAAACCCAAGUGUGUAUUGCAAGCUUACACUUGGCAACACUCCACCAAGGCAAACACAGGUGGUAUCAACUGGUCCUAAUCCAGAGUGGGAUGAGAGCUUUGCAUGGUCCUUUGAAAGUCCACCAAAAGGCCAGAAGCUUCAUAUUUCUUGCAAGAAUAAAAGCAAAAUGGGAAAGAGCUCAUUCGGAAAAGUAACAAUCCAGAUUGAUCGUGUUGUGAUGCUGGGGUCAGUAGCUGGCGAGUACACUCUGUUACCGGAGAGCAAAAGUGGGCCUUCGCGGAAUCUGGAAAUAGAAUUCAAGUGGGCUAACAAGUAAUGCCUAAUUGUGAUGUUCUUGUUACUUAGCUACAACCAAAGCUUUCGGAACACGGUAAUUUCUUGUUUGUUUUUUGAGCUUAAUUUUACUUCAAUGUAUAUAGGCUGCUGGAGAUUUACCCUUUUGUAGUGUCCAUUUAAAGUAUGGCAAUGUCACUUGCUGGAGCAAUUUUUUGUAAGUUGUUUUGUACUAUUUUCUUGGGCAAUUCUCCUUUGCAUUUUAUGUGUUGAUAUUGGUGUGCUGGUCAAAUUCAGAGGAAAAUAAGGUGUUUAUUUUGUAUUAUACUAUUCGAGUGUACAUUUUAUUAUUUGAUUCAUUGGGUGUAAUUGAACAUUUGCAUCAAAAUUUGUCAACAGAGGAAAUUACAUUUAUGUUUUCA